CGCUCAUGGGCGACUUUUUUGGCGACGAACCGCGGGUAAACCGGGUUUUCGAGAACCGGGACCGAGCCCUAAGAGUAGUCCAUGGCUUAACCAAAAUCACUCCAUCUGGCAAUGCCGGUACAUUUGGCGGUGUUCAAUUGUUUGACAAGAUUAUUUGACACUGAGAUUAUCAUAGAACCAUGAAAAGCUUAACUGAGCUGUGUGAUAAGCAUUUUAAUUGCACUUCCCUAUAUGAUGUGUUAGGAGUAGAUAGAGAUGUUGGUGAUGCAGCAAUAAAAAGAGCAUACUACAAAAAAUCACUAAAAGUUCAUCCUGACAGAGUCAAUGAAGAUGAAAAGGAAAAUGCUACAGAAAAGUUUCAAACUCUUAGUAAAGUGUAUUCAAUCUUGGGUGAUCAGGAAAAACGCAGAAUCUAUGAUGAAACAGGAUGUGUUGAUGACGAUGACUUCUUGAAGGGUGAUGUGAACUGGGAAGAUUAUUGGAGACUUCUUUUCAAAAAAGUAACAGAGCAAGAUAUUACAGAAUUUGAAAAUAAAUACAAAGGGUCUGAAGAAGAAACUUUGGAUGUAAAACAACUUUAUGAGCGUUACAAGGGAGAUAUGGACAAUAUUAUGAGCUCAGUUUUAUGUGCCACGACUGAAGAUGAACCGAGAAUUCGAGAUAUUAUUCAGAAAAUGGUAGAUAAUGAUGAGGUACCCAGCUACAAAGCCUUUACUUCUGAACCGAAGAAAAAGCGAGACGCUCGAAAAAAGAAAGGCGAACGCGAAGCCAAAAUGGCAGAAAAAAUGGCCGAAGAAUUGGGCCUUACGAAUUCUUUAGAUGGAAGUGAAGACAGUCUCCGAUCAUUAAUUCAAAAGAGGAACAUGGAUAGAGCCGCAUCAGCGAACAAUUUUUUCAGUGCUCUUGAGGCUAAGUAUGGAGGUAAAACUUCCAAGAAACAAAGCACUAGCAAAAGAAAAGAGAAAAACGAAAGCAAUGAUGAUAGUGAAGAAGAAGAAGUGUUGCCUCAAAGAAGCAAGAAAGGAAGGGUCUCAAAAAAAUGAAAUUUAAAGUUUUCUUUUUUUCCCCCCAUUCAUCAUAGGCUUAUACAUCUCAAUAAAGGAACAUACGUGACAACCUAUACCCUUCAGAAAUACCACUUUAUCCCAUAACAUG